UAAAAACCUGGUACCCUAAACUAUUUAAAUGCUGCAUGUAUCAAUUUCUCUACUGGUGAGUGGUAACAACUAUGACCAAUCUGCAGAAGAGGAGAGGGACUCAUCCCGGAUCCCAACUAGAUACAACAUGACAAUGGCACUGCACUGGCUCGUUGGAGGGUGCCAAUCCGGAGAUUCUUUGGUGUUUCACUACUCCGGUCACGGCUCUCAAGUCCCCGACACAAACGGAGAUGAGAUCGACGGGUAUGAUGAAGCAUUGUGCCCCGUCGACUACCAAACCAAAGGAAAGAUACUGGAUGAUGAGAUCAAUGCCAUCAUUGUAAGGCCACUGCCCCCUGGAGCCAGGCUUCACGCCAUCAUCGACACUUGCAACAGUGGAACUGUUUUGGAUCUCGCCUACAUGUGCAGGAUCAGCCCGGAAGGAUUAUAUGGGUGGGAAGAUCAAUGGAUUCCACAAGGUGGAUACAAAGGUACAAGUGGGGGAAUAGCAAUCUCUUUGACUGCUUGUGAUGAUAAUCAGAACUCGGGAGAUACUACGGCUUUCAAUGGCAAUGCAAGUGGUGCCUUGACUUAUACCUUCAUCAAUAUCCUGCAAAACGAACCUAGACCGACAUACGAACGUUUACUAAGUUCCAUGCGCUAUGAAGUAAGGGAGGCUCAAAACAGAGCUCCAUCUUCUUUACCACAUUCACCACAGGUACCUCAACUGUCAUCUUCUCAAAAGUUUGACAUUCAUAAAACACCAUUUACUUUAUAGAACCAUGAAUACUGGCAAGUUUCAGUCAAUGUUAUUAGCCACAAAAAGAAAUGUCUGAAGCUCUAUCUUGCUGUUAGUUUCAACAAAACAAUAUUAUGUAUCCACCUUUAGUUUCCAC